CAGACAACACAAAAAAAGGCGGGAACUCUUCAAUGUAAAGAACCGUUUUAUUUGUGAAGAGGGAGCCGGAGCAUACUAUUUAAUAUUCUGUUUUUAUUCGUGAUAAUUGGCUUAUAAAUGGCUGCAACAAUUACCCAAAAUGGUUUGAAACCGUCUGAUUCUGGAAAAUCUGCGGAGAUGAAUGUGCAAGAGAUGCAGUAUUUGGAGACGAUCCGUCGCAUAAUCGACACCGGCUACAAACGAGAGGAUCGCACAGGAGUCGGUACUCUAUCUAUUUUCGGAACACAGAUGCGAUACAGCCUUCGUGAUAACAUAAUUCCUCUACUUACAACCAAGCGUGUAUUCUUCCGGGGUGUAGCAGAGGAGCUCCUUUGGUUCAUUCGUGGAAGCACAAAUGCCAAGGACUUGCAAGCAAAAAAUAUACACAUCUGGGACGGGAACAGCACACGGGAGUUUUUGGAUGCAUCAGGGUUCAUCGAUAGGCAAGAAGGUGAUCUAGGUCCCGUGUACGGUUUCCAGUGGCGUCACUUUGGAGCCAAAUAUAAAACAUGUUACGACGAUUAUACCGGAGAAGGAAUCGAUCAGUUAUCAGAAGUGAUCAAUCGAAUAAAAAACAAUCCCAAUGAUCGACGCAUCAUCAUGAGCGCAUGGAAUCCAAUUGAUAUACCUCAGAUGGCCCUUCCACCGUGUCACUGUUUGGCUCAAUUUUUUGUAGCAAAUGGCGAACUAUCUUGCCAAUUGUAUCAACGAUCGGCGGACAUGGGACUCGGAGUACCAUUUAAUAUCGCUAGUUAUGCUCUGCUAACUCAUAUGAUAGCACACGUUACUAGUCUGAAGGCAGGAGAAUUGGUUCAUACUACUGGUGAUACCCACGUGUAUCUUAAUCACGUUGAGCCAUUGGAAGAACAACUUCGAAGAGUACCCAAACCAUUUCCAAGGCUGCACUUCAAACGAAAUGUGCAAACUAUUGACGAGUUUCAAUUUGAAGAUUUUGAAAUACGUGGAUAUGAUCCGUACCCUACUAUCAAGAUGGAGAUGGCCGUAUGAAAACAAAAUAUACUGCCUUUUCCAGCUCUCGAUAGACUCGGGCAGUGCUUUCCCAUGCUCUUCAUAUUUUAUGUUUCAUUUAGUUUUAAUUUCAAAAUCACUACAUAUAUUAUCAUUUGGUUGCAAUUGGCUAUCGUAAGAAGGUUACAUAAUAAAACGCUCAUUUGUAUUUUCCAUACCAUA